AUGCGGCGGCUUUUUCUUCUGUUUUUCGUGUUUUCUAGAGCUGAAAUUUGCGAGAAUUAUGACUCGUACAAAGGAAGAACCCAGCUGACAAAGAUCAUGAGCGAAGUUUCUCGGACCAAGGCGUACCAAGGUUCACGUUGCUGGCCUCGUUUUUCGAAUUUUGUCUGCGAGACCCCUUCUUCGCAAUUCAACUCGGCGGGGGACGAGUUGUCGCGAAAAAAUUGCAGAAUGACGAUUUCGAGCCAUCAAAACUACCUUGGAGAAUAUCUCGAGACGAGUGGCCCGCUCAAGGAGUGUUUUCUCGAGGCAUCCAUAAGGACUUAUGUUCCAGCUGAUAAGAAGAAGAAGAAGAGAAAGAUCAUCGAAGAAUUCAACCACUUUUGCGAAAUCAUCGUCAACGCCCCUGGCAGCAUCUUUUCAGAUUGCGAUGAUAUUUCAACCCAACAAAGUGAAAAACGAUCAAGUUGCUUCAGGAAAAAAAUCGAGAACCUCUCGACUUCCAGCGAAUCGCAAAAUGAAAUCAUAGAAGACCUACUCGACCGCCUCGAUUUACUCGGGUCUGAAUUUGAAUCCCUCCAUGAAAGCUUCUACACCCGCCUUGAAAAACUAGAAACAGAAAAGAAAAAUCUUUUGAUUUCCUGUCAAUAA